UGCUCCGACAACAAACAAAAGAUCGAGGCUAGCCGAGCUCAUCAUACUUUGUCGAUCCGUCUAGGCUAACGUUAGUAGUUACUUUGCCCCCAGCACCGACUAGCUCCCUGUUUUUUUUUUUUUUUUACUUCUUUGCUCAGAUCCCGUGGGGCAGUCUCAUCCUCUUGUUUCUAUUUGUGUUUUAGUCAGACCUAAUGUCAACCUGAGUCAUUUUCAGCGAUCGCUUCGCCUUUGCUGGCCAAGCUAAACGCGUUAGCCAGGUUAGCUGCUCGGCUAACCAGCUCUGGCUGCCUCUGCAACAACCAGCGAAGCCAAUUAGCUUAGCCUCCUAGCUUGCUAGCUUUGCUAACUCCCCUUUAAAACUUGACACUGACGGACACAAGUGGCUCUGGCUUGUUGCUGACAAGCCAGUUUACUAAAACUCGUGUCGUAGCCAUGUCUGGACAGUCAUCCGGCGGUGGGUUUCUGAUGUCGGUAGUUGUCCACGGAGACUCGGCUCUGAACGAGCAGGAAAAGGAGCUCAAUCAACGGCUCCGACGGCUCUAUCCGGCCGUUAACGAAAACGAGACUCCACUUCCCCGAUCCUGGAGCCCGAAGGACAAGUUCAGCUACAUCGGACUGUCUCAGAACAACCUCCGUGUACACUAUAAAGGUCAUGGAAAAACACCCAAAGAUGCUGCAUCAGUGCGGGCCACCCACCCUAUCCCAGCUGCCUGCGGGGUCUACUACUUUGAGGUGAAGAUCAUCAGUAAAGGCAGAGAUGGGUACAUGGGUAUCGGCCUCUCAGCUCAGGGUGUAAACAUGAACAGACUCCCUGGUUGGGACAAGCACUCUUAUGGUUACCAUGGAGAUGACGGCCACUCCUUCUGCUCGUCUGGCACCGGGCAACCUUAUGGACCCACGUUUACAACAGGCGAUGUGAUUGGCUGCUGUGUUAACCUCAUCAACAACACCUGCUUCUACACAAAGAAUGGCCACAGCCUAGGUAUUGCCUUCACAGACCUACCACCUAACUUGUACCCGACCGUGGGCCUUCAGACUCCAGGGGAGGUGGUGGAUGCAAACUUCGGGCAGCACCCAUUCGUGUUUGACAUUGAAGACUACAUGAGAGAAUGGAGGACAAAAAUUCAGGCCCAGAUUGACCGCUUCCCCAUCGGAGAGCGCGAGGGCGAGUGGCAGUCCAUGAUCCAGAAGAUGGUGGCUUCUUACCUGGUGCACCACAGCUAUUGCGCCACAGCUGAAGCCUUCGCCAAAUCCACCGAUCAGGCCGUGCAUGAGGAGCUGGCCUCCAUCAAAAACCGGCAGAAGAUCCAGAAGCUGGUGUUGUCGGGUAGAAUGGGUGAAGCCAUUGAGACCACCCAGCAGCUGUACCCCAACCUCUUGGAGAGGAACCCAGACCUUCUCUUCAUGCUCAAGGUGAGACAGUUCAUAGAGAUGGUGAACGGGACAGACAGCGAGGUGAGAUGUCUGGGAGGUCGCAGCCCAAAGUCUCAGGACAGUUACCCCGGGUCACCCCGGCCCUUCAGCAGCCCCAGCCACAAAGCCAGCAGCUCCCAGCCCUACCUCACAGGGUUUGACAGCAACUGCUGUAAUGGUGUGACGUCUAAUAAGAGCCACAGCUCCUCCCCUCACAGUCAUAAGCCCUGCCCCCCGGGCUCUGGCUCCACUCUCCCAGCAUCCGACAUCAGCCUCAAUGGGAGUCGCAGCCAACAGCCGAUAACCAGUAAUGAUGUGGAUAUGGAGGUCGAUCACUUCACCAACGGAGUGACAGAAUCGUCUUCCAAUGGUUUUCUCAACGGCACCUCCAAACACACCACGGAGCCUGACGACUGUGACGCAGACAUGGAGGUGGAGUCGGCACAGUCUAAGAGGCAGCUGUGCGGCGGAAGCCAGGCAGCCAUCGAGAGAAUGAUCCAUUUUGGCAGGGAGCUCCAGAGCAUGAGUGAACACCUCCGCCGUGAGUGCGGCAAGAACUCUGCUAACAAAAAGAUGCUCAAGGACGCAUUCAGCCUGCUGGCCUACUCGGACCCGUGGAACAGCCCAGUCGGAUACCAGCUGGACGCCAUUCAGAGAGAGCCGGUCUGCUCCACUCUCAACAGUGCAAUAUUAGAGACUCACAACCUGCCCAAGCAGCCUCCCCUGGCCCAGGCCGUGGGUCAGGCCGCCCAAUGCCUCGCCAUGAUGGCACGAACUGGCAGCGGCUCCUGCGCCUUUGCCUCUGUGGAUGAUUACCUACACUAGCCCCGUGCGCACGCAGACACACACACACACACACACACACACACACACACACUCUCCAAGGGCCUGUCCAGAAAUCCUUCUUUCCAACUCCUCAGUCAGUGUAGUCCUAUUAGCCGAGGAGGCAUUCCUCUGCACGCCGUCAUAGAACGUCAACCAUCUCACUCGCUUCUGGUUCUGCUUUUGCUGAACGCCGCUGAGGGUCAGAAGACAUUUCUGGGCAGAUCCUUAGAGUGACACCACCUCCUUUUCCAUCAUAAAUAUGAAAUUACACCUCCACCUUCGGUUGGCUCCCCAUGCAUCUGCCUCCAUCUAACUGACAGUAGCUGACUUUAAAAAAUAAUCGGGGGGGGGCUGAACUCAUGUGGACGCGCCACAGUCCCCGCAUUCCUGGGGGAGGAAUCAAACCGGGGGUGGACAGACUGCUAAAAAAUAUCUCUGGUCAAACAUAAAUGGGGAGGGGAGGGGUGGCGGGGGGGCAACAAUAAGAAAACAGACGAGUGGCCGCCAUGGUUGACCCACCAUUAACGUGGUCCCUGUAAACCUGGGGCUUACCAGGCAAACACACACAGAAAACACACACAAAUAAACACGGAGGCAAGCUGAUGCUGAUGCUGGGAUUGAAAAGUCCACCUCACCGAGGCUUGCUCAAACUCCGGCCAAUGCGAACCUUAUGGCCUACCCCCCCCUCCGUAAAUCUUCACCCUCUCUGCACCGCCUCCCUCCUGCUACCUUCCACUGACUUCAGGACAUCGGCGAAGAUAUGUGUGACGUACGUGGACUCGGGACUUCAGAGAAGCGAGAGAGAAUCUACAGUCUCGACUCAGCGUUCCCUAUUUUUAAUCUUUUGUUUAGUUUUUGUUUUUCUUCGGCGAAGUGGGCAGACGUGGGGGGGGGGGGUUACCUGGCUCUUGUUUUGUUUAGUUUUUCCAGGUUUACAAGGCAUGGUGCAGAUGACGAUGAUUAUUCUUAUUAUUAUUCUAAUUAUCAAUAUAUUAAUUAUUGUUACUUGCAUUCACAGUAUAUUUGUUGAGCGCCAGCGAGAGCAAGUUCCUCCAACUUAUUAUAAUAAAGGUCCCGAUUCUACCGAUUACCAGUGACGAGCGUGUGUACAUGUUAACGUUUAAAUAUGAAUUUAACAAAAUAAAAUUAUAUCAAUAGAGCGACAUAUUUAGUUAUAGAAAUCACAGAAAAAAACAAAACAGUCCUUUAAUGCUUUGUACUGACACCAGUGACCCCUGAAGUGUUCUGGUUGUUCCCAGUUUGUAAUAUUUUCCUCUUUGGUUGAAUCCAGGGUUCCUACACAGGUGAAAGUUGACACAAAUUCCAGGCCUGGAAAAUUCUGGAAAAAAACAGGUUUUUAGUUCUAAGAACUUGGCUGCAGAUUUUACAUGUUGUCCAUGAAGUCACUACAGCCGAGCUGAGAGCGUCUUCAGACACUUCUGCUGGAUUUUCUAUGAUGACUGCGCUGUGUAGGAGCCCUGCUUUGACCUCUGACUGCAUUUUAUCUGUUACCCUCCCUCCCUCCUUGGUAAACCCUCAGCCACACAAAAGAUUUGUCCCAAACAUUGUUAAUAUUUAUUUUUGUAUCUCUCUAUGCUAAUCUUUAACCCCCAACAAACUCAGGAGCCAAAAUACCCUCUUGUUCAUCAUUCUUGGUUUAGAAGCAGCUGAUUGGCCCCUGUGCAUCUAUUGAAUGCUGACUCGACUUUUGGUCAUUUAAAUCAGAUGAGAAAAACUGAGCUGGUGUGAAAUCGGCCUCUGAGGUAGCUCAGCCAUUUAAGCCAUUUAAAGUCAAACUUAAAUUUCCUGUCUCCUAAAAGAACAAGACAAAAAAACAGAACAAAAAACUGUGUUUUGGUUUUUUUUCCUUGAGUACGUCAUAAAGUCAAGACCCUGCCCUUAAAAAGAAGAAGAAGAAAAUCCUUCGAUUUAAAUGUGGCUGACCUCUACUUCAGGGACUUCUUCCCGUGCACCUUUCGACUGCGUUCAGUGUUGCCGCUUCUGUUACAUCACUCUGUUGUGCUCUGCAUUGUUGAUCCCAGAUCCCAAACGUCCGGUUCCAUCAUUCUGACCCCACUUUUAUGCUGAAGACCACUGAUAAUGAGAGCCAAGUCUCUCAGGUUACAGCUCGUGAGAACAAACGGCAGUUUUCAGUGCAGGAGUCCACAGGGUCCACGCACAAAGCCGUGUUCGUGAUCACACUGAAUGGAUGAACAAUGUAAAUUGAUCCCUCGGAGUGAGACUGUAAUGCCUGAGGCAGAACAUUUGUAUAAUUGAAGUGAAAUUGUGUGGCAUGUGUGCCAUCAUUCAGCAGCUGGUCGUAGAGUAAAUUAGUCAGAUUUGAUGCCCUGCAACUUCUUACAUGUAUCAGAAAUGUCAGAACAGGACUUCCAACUGAUCUGUGUUUCAGGUAACCCUGCAAAUGAUCCACAGAUGCACAACAUAAUGACCUUGGAUCAGCUACAUUUAAAUCGGUGAUGGUUUUUGUUUUUUAUGGCAGAGCCUCAGAACUUAUAUAUAUUUAUAUAUAUGCAUUAAUCUGUAUCUUUACCUGAAGAUGACCUUAUUCAUGACCAUCUCCAGUCCUCAUCCUGUGUUAACUUGGCUCCAACUGUCUUUAAUCAAACCAGUACCGUCAUCAGUGGGUGCCAAAACCUCACCCCUCUCUUUGUAUUAAUGGAGAGGCUGUUAGUUCAGCUUAAACCAUAGAAACAGUAAAUACUUUUAACUUGGAUAGCAGAAAUCUAAAUUCUUUUAUUUUUCCUAAUGAUUACCACCAAAUUGCCCCCAGAGCUUUUUUUUUUUUGUACUCAGCAAAAUGCUACCAGGGAGUAAAUCUAUCCAGUUUUUAUUUCUGAACUUCCUGAAAAUGCAUACAGGUGUUCAUUUUUACCCAUCACCCCUCAGAGGAGAGCUUUCGUGACCUUGCGGGUUUGUUUUAUUAACAGAAUAGGGUUUUUUUUGUUUGUUUUUGGCCUCUUAGUCUGUAAAGAUGUAAAAAGAAAAAAGACUUUAAGAAGAAAAAAAUCCAGAAUUGUCACCUGCACUGUGGCUUCCACGUUAAACCAAAAUGUAUCGCAGCUGUGUUUUUUAGGCCUGUGUUCAUGCUCGCCACUCGCAGAGAAACAGGAAGGCCGAGGCUUUCGCUUGACACAACAUCCAUCUUUUCCUCUAGCCCCUGGCCCUCACAUCCACCCAGGAAUCCAGAGUUGGUAUUUUUCCUCACGGUGGAACCAAGCUUUCUGUACUUUGGUUUGUUUUUCUUUGUUUUCUUUUUUUUGUUUGUUUGUUUCUUUGGAUCGCAAGCAGUCACGGCAUCGUUUAGAAAACUUCUUAGACAAAGUGUCUGUUGUCUCUUUCUGAGUAAGGUCUGAAACCUAUGCAUGCCAUAGUAAAGUGGUGGUAAGAUCAAGUUAGAUGUCUCUUAUUUUAUUCUUUUUGUUUCUCCUUCUUUUAGCCAGUUCACGGUGUAUAAGGAAGAUGUCAACCAGUAAGUUGUCCACUGCUGACUGUGUGUCCAUUUGGAGAAAAAAAAUGUGCAAUUUGUGUGAGGGUGAAAAGAUUUAUAUUAAAAAUGACAAAUGAUGA